CCGCCGCCGGACGCCCCGGCCCCCAUCGUGGUGGAUGACAAGCUGGAAGAGCUCAUCCGGCAAUUUGAAGCUGAAUUCGGGGAGAAUUUCAACCUGCAGCCCCCCGAGACACCCGCCCUGCUCCCACCUGGGGCUGCCGAGCUGCCGGGGGGGCUGCCACCAGCCCCACAACCUCCCUUCACUGCCCGGUCCCCGAAACAGAUCAAAAUCGAGUCUUCUGGUGCUAUCACCGUGGUGUCCACCACGUGCUUUUACUCUGAAGAAACCCAAAACCCGGAGGCGGACGCCGCCGAGGGGACGCCCACCAAGGACGAGGUGCCGCUGACGCCCACCCUGAGCGGCUUCUUGGAGUCGCCGCUGAAAUACCUGGACACGCCAACCAAAAGCCUCCUGGACACCCCGGCCAAGAGGGCACAAGCUGAGUUCCCCACCUGCGACUGUGUCGAGCAAAUCGUGGAGAAGGACGAGGGGCCCUACUACACCCACCUGGGCUCGGGACCCACCGUGGCCUCCAUCAGGGAGCUCAUGGAGGAGCGGUACGGCGAGAAGGGCAAGGCCAUCCGCAUCGAGAAGGUCAUCUACACAGGGAAGGAGGGGAAGAGCUCCCGGGGCUGCCCCAUCGCCAAGUGGGUGAUCCGAAGACACAACCAAGAGGAGAAGCUGCUGUGCCUGGUGAGGCACCGGGCUGGCCACCACUGCCAGAACGCUGUCAUCAUCAUCCUGAUCCUGGCCUGGGAGGGGAUCCCCCGCACGCUGGGUGACACCCUGUACCAGGAGCUCACUGACACCCUCACCAAGUUCGGCAACCCCACCAGCCGCCGCUGCGGCCUGAACGACGACCGGACCUGCGCCUGCCAAGGCAAAGACCCCAACACCUGUGGUGCUUCUUUCUCCUUCGGCUGCUCUUGGAGCAUGUACUUUAAUGGCUGCAAAUACGCCCGGAGCAAAACUCCCCGCAAGUUCAGGCUGGUGGGGGACAAUCCCAAAGAGGAAGAGUUGCUCCGGAAAAGCUUCCAGGACUUGGCCACCGAGGUUGCCCCACUUUACAAGAGGCUGGCACCACAAGCCUACCAGAACCAGGUUACCAACGAGGACGUGGCAAUCGACUGCCGGCUGGGCCUGAAGGAGGGGAGGCCGUUCUCGGGGGUGACAGCGUGCAUGGACUUCUGUGCUCAUGCUCACAAAGAUCAGCACAACCUCUACAAUGGCUGCACCGUGGUCUGCACGCUGACCAAGGAAGACAAUCGCGUGGUGGGGAAGAUCCCCGAAGAUGAGCAACUCCACGUCCUCCCCCUCUACAAGAUGUCCAGCACGGAUGAGUUUGGCAGUGAGGAGAACCAAAACGCCAAGGUGGGCAGUGGGGCCAUCCAGGUGCUCACGUCCUUCCCCCGCGAGGUCCGCAAGCUGCCCGAGCCCGCCAAGUCCUGCCGGCAGCGGCAGCUGGAGGCCAGGAAAGCUGCUGCAGAGAAGAAGAAGCUGCAGAAGGAGAAGCUGAUGACACCAGAGAAGAUCAAGCAGGAAGCACUCGAGCUGCCUACGCUCCAGCAGAACACAGGUCUGGCGUUGAAAAGCGGGUUGCCCCCGCAGCCGCUGAAACCCUCCAUCAAGGUGGAAUCCCAGAGCCAUUACAACGCCUUCAAGUACAAUGGCAACGCGGUGGUGGAGAGCUACUCGGUGCUGGGCAGCUGCCGGCCCUCCGACCCCUACAGCAUGAACAGUGUUUAUUCUUACCAUUCCUACUAUGCACAGCCCAAUCUGCCUUCCGUGAACGGGUUUCACUCCAAGUUCGCGCUUCCCUCCUUCGGCUACUACGGCUUUUCCAGCAACCACGUGUUCCCCUCUCAGUUUCUCAAUUACGGGGCGCCCGAGAGGAGCGGGAGCAGCUGGGUGAGCAACGGCUAUGAGAAGAACCCCGACGUCCCGGCCUUGCAGGAGAACCUCAACCACUCCUACGGGAACACUGAUUUCCCUGAGCCCAUCCCGCACAGCGUCCGGAGCAAAAACCAUCACCAGCGCACCUACGAGCGGGCCAACCGCUACGCCAGCCAGCAGAAAGUGGCGGGCGGGGGGGGCCAGAGCGGUGCCCGCCGCGAGCUCCACGCCACCACCCCGCUGAAGAAACCCAACCGCUGCCACCCCACACGCAUCUCCCUGGUCUUCUACCAACACAAGAACUUGAACCAGCCCAACCACGGCCUGGCGCUGUGGGAGGCCAAGAUGAAGCAGCUGGCAGAGCGGGCUCGAGCCCGGCAGGAGGAGGCGGCACGUUUGGGCCUCCCACCGGACGCCAAAGCCUUCGCCAAGAAGCGCAAGUGGGGCGGCGCGUUGGCCACCGAAGCACCCAGCAAGGAGAAGAGGGACUCGGUCCCCACGCGGCAGGCGGUGGCCAUCCCCACCAACUCGGCCAUCACUGUGUCCUCCUACGCCUACACCAAGGUGACGGGUCCCUACAGCCGCUGGAUCUGA